AUGAUGGAGUUUGGACACUUCAUACUUGUCAUUGUGAAAUUGGACUGCCUUGUUGCUAAUGACAGCGAUUGUAACUUUGAGAAGCCGCUGGCGGCGUGUGGCUACAGCCAAGGCAGAGAAGAUGACCUUGACUGGGAGCGGGCCGAUACCAGGGAGAGGCCUUCAGCAGAUCCGUGGAUGCCCUCAGGCUCAGCCUUCGUGAUGGUGAACACGUCUGGCCGCUUCGCCGGGCAGAAGGCGCUACUGCUGACACCCCAGCUGAAGGAGAAUGACACCCACUGUGUCAUAUUCCACUACUACAUGGGAGGUCGCGACAACAGCCGCCCGGGCCAGCUCAAUGUUUACAUCAAGGAAAACAACAGUCCUCUGGGGAUGCCAGUGUGGAAUGUGUCUGGACCAGCCACUCGCACCUGGGGACAGGUGGAGCUGGCUAUCAGCACCUACUGGCCCAACUUCUACCAGAUUGUGUUUGAAGUGGUAACCUCGGGGCAGCGCGGGUUGCUCGCCAUCAAAGAUGUCGUCGUCCAGGGCCACCAGUGCAUGAACACGCCACACUUCCUGACUAUAAAAGGAGUGGAGGUCAACGCGGGACAGACGGCAUCUUUCCACUGCACUGUCAAUGGACGCAAGAGGGACAACUUCCACCUCUGGCUUCAGGGCAUCGGCGGACGGGAGGCUCCGAUGAAAGCCACCAAACCUUGGAACAACCGGCGCUUCAUCGGUACUUUCGACGUGGAGAACACAACCAAGGGCGACUCGGGCCGCUACCGCUGCAUAGUCCAUUCAGACAAAGGCGUCGGAGUGUCCAACUACGGGGAGCUCACCAUAAAACAGCCCCCAGUUCCGAUUGCCCCGCCACAGCUGACUGCGGUCGGCGCCACCUACUUGUGGAUCCAGCUCAACGCCAACUCCAUCAACGGUGACGGCCCAAUCAUCGACAGGGAGGUGGAAUACCGCACUGUGUCGGGCACUAUGUAUGACCUACAACCUGUAGACAAGACCACCCACAAGAUCGGACACCUAGACCCAGACACUGAGUAUGAGAUCAGCGUGCUGCUGACCAGACCUUUGGAAGGAGGCACUGGAGCCCCCGGACCUCCUCUUCGAGCCAGGACCAGAUGUGCUGAGCCCAUGCACGGCCCACGGAGGCUCGAAGUGGUGGACGUCCAGUCCAAGCAGGUGACGGUGCGCUGGGAGCCGCUGGGUUACAACGUCACCCGCUGCCAUAACUACAACCUGACAGUACAGUACCGCUCCAGGGUGGCCGCCAAAGAGGAGACCCGGGAGGAAGUGUGCUACGACACCCAGAGCCGUGACCCCCAGCACACCAUUCACAACCUGACCCCCUACACCAACCUCAGCGUCAAGCUGGUGCUGCGCAACCCCGAGGGAGUUAAAGAGAGCACAGAGCUGGAGGUUCAGACAGAUGAAGAUGUGCCAGGUGCUGUUCCUCUGGAGUCUAUCCAGGGCAGCGCAUAUGAGCAGAAGAUCAUCCUGAAGUGGAGAGAGCCGGCACAGACCUAUGGAAUCAUCAUUCAGUAUGAGAUUUCCUACAAGGCAGUGAGCUCCUUUGACCCUGAACAGGACCUCUCCAACCAGAGUGGGAAAGUGCUUAAGCUGGGCAAUGAGACCACCCACAUGUUCAUGGGGCUCUACCCAGGCUCUACCUACUCCUUCACCCUGCGCGCCAGCACAGCCAAGGGCUACGGUCCCCCCGUCAUCACUCAGUUCACUACCAAGAUUUCAGCUCCCUCCAUGCCAGCCUACGACCAGGAGACCUCGCUGAACCAGACUGACAGCACCGUCACCGUCCUGCUCAAGCCCGCUCAAAGCAGAGGUGCACCUGUGAGUGCAUACCAGGUGGUGGUGGAGGACGAACGUCCUCGCAGGGCAAGAGGCGCAGCGGAGAUCCUGCGCUGCUACCCGGUUCCCAUUCACUUCCAGAACGCCACCCUGCUCAACUCACCGUACUACUUCACCGCUCAGUUCCCCGCCACGGGCAUCCACUCGCCUCAGCCCUUCACUGUCGGGGACAACAAGACUUACAACGGCUACUGGAAUGCCCCUCUGCUGCCCCAGAAGAGCUACAGCAUCUACUACCAGGCUGUCAGCACAGCCAACGGGGAAACCAAAAUUGACUGUGUGCAAGUUGCCACCAAAGCCGCCAUACUCGUGACUCAGCUCACAACCCCCUACAUCCGCAUCGCACCGGCGGCUGGUGACAACCAACUAACAGGAGCAGCCACUCAUAAGCCCGAUGCUGUGGAGCCCGAGAAACAGACCGAUCACACAGUGAAGAUCGCGGGGGUCAUCGCCGGCAUCUUGCUCUUUGUCAUUAUCUUCUUAGGCGUGGUGCUCCUCAUGAAGAAGAGAAGAACCUAUCACUCCUACACUUACUACCUGAAAUUGGCAAAGAAGCGGAAAGAAACACUUAACAGCACACGCCAGGAGAUGACAGUAAUGGUCAACUCCAUGGACAAGAGCUACACGGAGCAGGGCACCAACUGUGAUGAAGCCCUCUCCUUCAUGGACACACACAACCACACCCUGAACACGCGCAGCGAGUGCGCGCUCACACUCAAUGGCCGCAGCGAGUGCACCCUGACGCUCAACGGCCGAGCAGGGUCCUCGCCCUCUUCCUUCACCGUGCCGAAGGCCAAUACUCUGAGUACUUCCAUCCCCAGCAACUCCUACUAUCCAGAUCCCUUUGUGCCAACCGCUAUCCUAGUGCCCAUUAAUGAUGAGAGCCAGAACAUGGGCAGCGACACCAGCAGCCUGGUGCAGUCCCACACCCAUUCACUGAGGAAGCGGGAGCCUGUGGACGUGCCCUACCAGACGGGUCAACUGCACCCAGCCAUCCGUGUGGCCGACCUCCUCCAGCACAUCACCCAGAUGAAGUGCGCUGAGGGCUACGGUUUCAAGGAGGAGUAUGAGAUAAAUGAGAGCUUUUUUGAAGGACAGUCUGCGCCGUGGGACUCGGCCAAGAAGGAUGAGAAUCGUAUGAAGAACCGAUAUGGGAAUAUUAUUGCAUAUGAUCACUCCCGUGUCAGGCUGCAGGCCCUGGAGGGGGAACAGAGCUCCGAUUACAUUAAUGCAAAUUACGUUGAUGGCUACCACAGGCCAAAUCACUACAUCGCCACUCAAGGCCCUAUGCAGGAGACGGUCUUUGACUUCUGGAGGAUGGUUUGGCAGGAGAACACAGCAGCCAUCGUCAUGGUGACCAACCUGGUGGAAGUGGGCAGGGUGAAGUGCUGUAAGUACUGGCCUGACGACACAGAGAUCUACAGAGACAUCAAGGUGACGCUGAUAGAGACCCAGCUGCUAUCGGAGUAUGUCAUCCGGACCUUUGCCGUAGAGAAGAGAGGGGCGCAUGAGAUACGGGAGAUCCGACAGUUCCACUUCACAGGCUGGCCAGACCACGGCGUGCCCUACCAUGCCACAGGCCUGCUGGGCUUUAUUAGGAGAGUCAAAUCCAAAACCCUGACCAAUGCCGGGCCCAUGGUGGUGCACUGCAGUGCGGGGGCAGGACGAACAGGCUGCUUCAUUGUGAUUGACAUCAUGCUGGACAUGGCGGAGAGAGAAGGCGUGGUGGACAUUUACAACUGUGUGAGAGAGCUCCGCUCACGGAGGGUCAACAUGGUUCAGACAGAGGAGCAGUAUGUCUUCAUCCAUGACGCCAUUUUGGAGGCAUGUCUCUGUGGGGACACCACCAUUCCAGCCAGUCAGCUGCGCUCCGUCUACUACGACAUGAACCGGCUGGACCCCCAGACCAACUCCAGCCCCAUUAAAGAGGAGUUCAGGACUCUGAACAUGGUGACUCCCACGCUGCGGGUGGAGGACUGCAGCAUCGCCCUGCUGCCCAGGAACCACGAGAAGAACCGCUGCAUGGACGUCCUGCCGCCCGACCGCUGCCUCCCCUUCCUCAUCACCAUAGACGGAGAGAGCUCCAACUACAUCAACGCUGCCCUCAUGGACAGUUAUAAGCAGCCUUCUGCAUUCAUUGUGACCCAGCACCCAUUGCCAAAUACAGUGAAGGACUUCUGGAGGCUGGUGUUGGACUAUCACUGUACAUCCAUAGUCAUGCUCAACGAUGUGGACCCAGCCCAGUUGUGCCCACAGUACUGGCCAGAGAAUGGCGUUCACCGCCAUGGACCCAUACAGGUGGAGUUUGUCUCAGCCGACCUGGAGGAAGACAUCAUCAGCAGAAUAUUCCGCAUCUACAACGCAGCACGGCCUCAAGACGGCUACCGGAUGGUGCAGCAGUUCCAGUUUCUCGGCUGGCCCAUGUACAGAGACACGCCCAUGUCUAAGCGCUCUUUCCUUAAGCUCAUCCGACAGGUGGACAAGUGGCAGGAGGAGUACGACGGCGGAGAGGGACGCACCGUGGUCCACUGCCUAAACGGAGGGGGCCGCAGUGGGACGUUUUGUGCCAUCAGCAUCGUGUGUGAGAUGCUCCAGCACCAGCGCUCCGUGGACGUCUUCCACGCUGUCAAGACACUGAGGAACAACAAACCUAACAUGGUGGACCUGCUGGACCAGUACAAGUUUUGUUACGAAGUGGCACUGGAGUACUUGAACUCUGGGUAA